AUGGGAAUUGAACUCACGAGCGGCGCGGCUGCGAUCCUGUAUGCCCUCGAGGCUGCAGGCAUUACGCAUCUAUUCGUCAACUUGGGCUCUGACCAUCCAGCCUUUCUGGCUGCUUUUGCAAGCAACAAACACAAUAUCCAAAUUUUCACAUCUCCCAAUGAGAUGAAUGCCUUAUCUGCUGCUUCCGGUUUUGCCCAAAUAACGGGAAAGCCGGCUGGUGUGCUGGUACAUGUGGAAUGUGGUACACAGGGGCUCGCCGGCGCCAUCCACAACGUCAGCAAAGGGAGAAUCCCGGUCAUGAUAUUCGCUGGCACAGUUCCGAUUACUAUGGAAGGGGAAUUGAGAGGUAGCCGUAACGAAUACAUCCACUGGAUCCAGGAUGUGCCAGACCAACGAGCCAUCGUGAGACAAUAUAUGAAAUAUGAACAUGAGAUCAGGUCUCCUCAUAAUGCUGUCCAAAUCGUCUUGCGGGCUCUGCAGUUCUGCAUGACAGAGCCCAAGGGCCCGACCUAUCUCAUUGCAAGCCGCGAGACGCUUGAGGCCGAUACUCAUCCCCCAAGCACCAAGCCUUCUCAAAAGCCAGAGUUAAACAUGGCCGUAGAGCCAAUUGGGCUAUCUCCAGCUAGCAUUGAACAUCUAGCUCAUGCACUUGUCCAAGCAGAGAACCCCCUGAUUGUCACCAGUUAUUGUGGUCGUUCGGCAGCAGGGUUCGACGCGCUGAAGUCACUGGCUGAGCUUUUGGCAAUACCUGUCCAUGAAAAUGCCCCCAUCUACAAUAACUUUCCAACUACCAGCAUCUUGCACCAGGGCCAUCAAUGGAACGGCGGGGGACAGCUGCCUGCACUGGCCGAGGCUGAUUUAGUGCUUGUAGUGGAUGCCGAUGUACCAUGGAUAGGAGCACAGUCGCGUCCAAGGGACGAAGCGAGAGUGUUUCAUCUAGACAGCGAUCCACUCAAAGACUCAACUACUCUGUGGUCUUUGCCGUGUGAGAAGAGAUGGCGCGCGGAAUCAAGCCUCGCUCUGACUCAGUUGGUUUCAUUCAUUACCAACAAGGCACUUAUUUCUGAUUUAGUAAAGGCAACCAUCGCGAGUCGAACACCCAAACUUGAGGCGCGAUUCCUGGCCAGGCAGGAUAGGCUUCAAGCCGCCGAAGUGCCUCCUAGUGAUGGCAGCGUCACAGUUCCUUUCGUGAUGUCACGUCUACGAGAGGCGUGCUGUGGCAUCUCUAUCGUUGGGUUAAACGAAUCUACCACAAAUCUUGGCAAUGUAGCUGAUCAUCUGCGGCACGAAAAGCCACUCUCUCUGAUUGGAAGUGGUGGCGGCGCUCUUGGCUGGUACUCAGGGGCUGCAGUGGGUGCACAUAUGGCUCUGCAGUCUCAAGGGCAGGAAGAUCUUCUUGUUGCAUUCACCGGAGAUGGAACAUGGCUCUUCGGGGUCCCAUCCUGUGCUUACUGGAUGGCAAAACGCUACAAUACCCCAUUCCUCACCAUUAUUUGGAAUAAUGGAGGCUGGGCAUCCCCGAAAAACGCGUGCCUGAGGAUCCACGAUCAACUAAGUACCGAAAGUAAUUUGAGCGAGAAGUUUGGCGUUUCUUUAAGCCCUUCGCCUUCUUUCGGUAAGAUUGCGGAGGGUGCCGGCGGUGCCUGGUGGGCAGUUAUUGAAAAGGCCAACGAAGUGGAGAGUUCGCUCCGGAAAGCUAUCCGGAUAGUCCGGGAGGAGAAGAGAUGUGCUCUAUUAGAAGUUAAGAUUAAGACAAUUUGA